AUGUGCCUAGCUAAAAAGGUUUCAAGGACAGAGAGACAAACAGAAAACUUUGGUAACUAUAAGACAGAAUCUACAAAGUCUGAGGAAAUGCUAAAUAAAGAUCAAUCAUAUCAUGAUGAGUCUGAUGAAGAUUCAGAUAAAGAUGACAAUAAUAGGGAAGAGGAUGCUGAAACAUGUGUAAUAUGCAUGGAGGAUAUCACAGAUCCACAAAAAUUAUCAUGUGGACAUGUGUUCUGUGCUGAUUGCAUUAAGGAGCAGUUCACUUACAAACAAGCAUGUCCAACAUGUGGCAAAGUGUGCGGAAUCAUAAAAGGGGAUCAGCCAUAUGGGCGGAUGGAUGUAGUUAUCAAUGAUAGGGCUUCCUGCGCAGGAUUUGAAAGUAGUGGAAGGAUAGAGAUAACUUACAAAUUUCCUGAUGGAACACAAGAAGAUAAUCAUCCAUGUCCUGGUCAAAGAUACAAAGGGAUUACAAGAACAGCAUAUCUUCCAAACAAUAGGAAAGGAAGAGAGAUUUGUGAUAUGCUCAAAGUAGCAUUUAAAAGGAAGUUAGUCUUCACCAUUGGACGGUCGAGAACUACUGGUGCAGAUGGUGUGAUAACAUGGAAUGAUAUACACCACAAGACAGACCCUAAACCACACUCUCAAUUUGGGUAUCCAGACCCAACAUAUCUGGAUAGGGUGACAGAAGAACUUGAAGUCAAAGGUGUUACUGUGAAGGAUAUACCAGCUGAUCAUGCAACAAGACCCAGGCGCAGAUGAACCAUAUUGUAUUAAAAAAUAUGUGUUUUUACUUUGUUGACUGACUGUGUUAUUUAGAAAAUUGUGAAUGCUUGUAUUGUUAGGGAAGUAUCAUUACAACAACAGAUUAUUGAGAAUGUUUUUGUUUUGUUUGUUUGCUUUACAGUAUUUUUAGCAUUUGCAAUCAUUAACUGUCUGUCAUCUGUAGUAAUUCUUUUCCUGGUAUGAUCCUGUUGAAAGUUUUUCAAACAGUUCUGCUUGGUUGCUUAUAGACUCAGUUAGAAAUAUUCAAAUGACAUCUUCUAUUGUCAGCUUUUGGAAUAAUUUCACAGAAAUUUCCUUAAGGUUUGGUCAAAUAAUCAGAUCAUCUAACAAUUCUUUGGUUACUUUUCCCUAAAAAUAUAUAGUUGUAACUAAGGAGUUAGGCCAUGUUUUGGCGAAAAAAAGUUUGAACAUCAUCAAAUCAUAGAAAGAAAGAAUUGUUUUGCAUGAAAAUUAAACAGCAUAUAAAACAUUUAUAUUAUUCUACAAAACCAUUGUCAAUUUACUCAUAUAUGUAUUGAAUUCCGGAAAGGGACUGCAUGAAGGGGCCAUGCUUCUGGGCAGUUCAGCGCCUUUAAAAACUCAAAUUUUUAAAAAGCUGUUAACAUGUUUUCCUUUUGAUGCAUUUGCAACAAUGUCCCAGUGCAUAAACUUUACAUAAUUUUUGCUAAUUGUUUAAUUUUACUUCUUAACAAAUGGCAUUCUUUUUUAAAGGGGAGGGGGACAACUCUUAGAAUAUUUGAAGUAUUCAAUUCUAUAGAACAGAACAGUAAAAAUGUACUGGGCAGAUAGGUUGUUUGUAAAGAUGUUGUCUGUUCACUAAACAUUUCUGUGGUUUUGUGAUAUACUGCUAAACCUUAACAAAACUUCUUGUUAUAAACUGCUGGACCAAUAUUGAAAUAGUUUUGUAAGCUUGUUCCUUAAAAGACCCUGUACUGAGUAUGUUAAAAGUUUCAUAAUUCAAAACUGUGGCCAUUAGUAGGCAUGCUCUUUUGUCGCUAUAUGUAUAUAAAUAGUGGGAAUUAAAAAACUGCUUGCCUGAUUAUAGAAUAAUUUUACACAAAUGACAGUUGACAAACAGCGUCUUAUUGGCAAACAGGUACCCUAAACGACAGCUAUUCAAAUGAGUCAAAUUCCUCAAAAACAGACACCAGAGGACAUGGUCAGUUUUCCCAUUAUGUAUAUAGUUAAAACUUCCAAGAAACAGCUUGACAGAUUAUUUUAUCAUGCAGCUACUAUGCAAAGUGCCUGAUAUCACUUGCCUGAUAUUUUAUUUUGUUAUCAGUCAUUGACCUGAUAUCAAAAUUAAGCUCCUCUGAUAUUGACAGACUAGUUUUUACAUCAGUUUCCUUUCAGACUGAAUUUUAUUACAGAGUCCAGUUUCAUUGUUGCACAACUUUUUUUCUAAAUAGAUUCUGUAAUCUCAACAAAUUUCCUUGAAUAUGGUUGUCUCUAAUUUUAUCACACAGACAAUAGCACUGAAUGACGUUAUUGUGAAACGUUCAUCAUGACAUCACAAUGUUUACAUGGAUCGAUUCUUGGAAAGGUUUACAAUACACUUGACAAUGUAUGAUACACUUAUUCUUGAUUUAUGCCUUAUUUAAGGCAUGCACAUUUUAUUAAGUAUUAGCAAAAGUGUUUGGGUUACUUAUUAUAAAGCAUGUUCUGGUUUAUUCAAGAUGAUUUUUGAUUUUUACGCAGGUAAGAAAUUAUUUCAUUAUAUUUUUACAAGAAUAUCAGAAAGUCAAAAACAUUGUCGGAGUUGAAUUAAAUAUGGCUGCCAUAUUGUUUCGUUCAGAAUUUUAGGGGCAGAUGAAUUUUCAAAUCCGUAAAAUAUAAAUUUAAUUUUUUGCUUCAGAAGAUAUUUUUUACGAAAUAAGAGAAGAAGACAUAUGUUUUUCUAGGCAGUUUGUACGAGUUUCAUGAUAAAUAGAAUAACAAGCUACUGUCU